AUGCUGCAGCUGGGGCCCCCUCCUCGCCGUGCUGCUGAAGCUCUAAACUUAGCUUGCUGCUACAGUAACUUAUUUCUUUCUUGCGAGCAAACCCCUGCUGCUUCUCCAGAAGAAGCAGAGCAAGUGCUGCUGCUGCUGCUGCAGCCGCAGCAGCAACAGCAGCAGCAGCAGCAGCAGCAGCAGCAGAGUUGGAGUUUAGGAGAUAUUCGAUGGCGUUGGCUGUGCUGGGCCCUCGUCUGCCCCUCUUUGAGCACAGUGCGCAGCAACGCCAGGCAGCUGCUGCAGCUGCUGCAGGACCAACACCAGCAGCAGCUGCUGCUGCUGCUGCAGCAGCAGCAGCACGUGACAGCAGCAGAGCAGCGAGGUGCUUGGAGUUGUUUUACUACAGUGCUUGACUCUCUUGAAGAAUUCUCGCAGCACUUAAUUGAAGAGCAGCAGCAAACACUGAAGCGCCUCUGCUCUCUCGCUGCAAAGGCAGCAGCAGCAGCAGCAGCAGCACCAGCAGCAGCAGCAGCAGCAGCAGCAAAUCCUCUGGUUGUGCAGCCUUUAUGGGUGGAGUUGCUGCUGCUCCGUGGCUUUACUCACGACAACGCGCUGCUGAGAAGAGGUUUGCUGCUUUGCUAUUUAAACAUUUGCUGCGCUGAUACACCCCACAGCAGCAGCUGCAGCAGCAGCAACAACAACAGCAACAGCAACAGCACCGCCAUCACUACUAGCACCAGCAGCAACAGCAGCCACAGCAGCAUCAACAGCAGCAGCAGCAGCAGCAGCAGCAGCAGCAGCAGCAAGAUCAAUUUGCUGCUGAGCGUCUCUUCUGACUUUGUGCUUCGGGUGUUUCUGCCGUCUCUGUCUUCUUCUUUCUUCUUCAGUAGAGGGCCGAGCUGCAUUGAAGCAGAAAAAGCAGUAAAGACAUUCAUACUGCACAAACUCAUCCUUGAAACACAACUGCAGCAGCAGCAGCAGCAGCAGCCACAGCAGCAGCAGCAGCAGCAACAGCAGCAGCAGUUGGUGUUUGCUCGUUCUCGCUGUGUAGCGUCUUAUCUUCAAGCUGUGGGGCAGUGCAGCUGCACAUACACCUCAAUGCGCGUCUUCUUAGAGGCCCUGCUGCUACCAGAACACUACCUACUCACGCAGCAGCAGCAACAGCAGCAGCAGCAGGAGCAGCAGCAACAGCAGCAGCAGCAGCAGCAGCAGCAACAGCAACAGCAACAGCAGCAGCAGCAGCAGCAGGAUCAGCAAUUGUUUUUGUGUUGUUUGAAGCAGCUGCUGUACUGCGUCUCUACUCAGCCUCACAAUGUUAGAGGGGGCCUCUAUGAGUUGCUGCUGCGGGUAUUGUCGCUGCAUGCAGUUUUCUGCUGCAGCAGUUUGUCUUUCUUCGGCUUUCUUUUUACUUGUUUGCCCCAGGGGUUCUUCCUUACCCAGCUGCAGCAGGCAGCAGCAUACUGCAGCAGCAGCAGCAGCAGCAGCAGCAGCAGCAGCAGCAGCAGCAGGGGGGAGGCUGCAAACAAAAGGGAAAGGCCUGCGCUGCUGCAGCUGCUGCUCGCUGCUUUUCCUUCUGUUGAUACGUUCGCUGCUGCGGUGCAGCAGCAACUGCAGCAGCAACUGCAGCAGCAGCAACAAAGCAGUCUACAGCUGGCGGGGCAGGAUGGGAUAUCGCAAGAACAGCAGCAACAGCAGCAGCAGCAGCAGCAACAACAACAAGAGACCUAUGAAGCGUUCAAGUUAUCCCGUCUGGUUGCUGCUGCUGCUGCUGUGGGGCCCAGCGAUAACCUGUAUCGAGCGGUGGAGGAUUACUGCUAUAAAACCGGGGCCGCAUGCAAUCAGCAGCAGCAACAGAAGCAAGUGCUGCUGCUAGCAGCUUUGGGCUGCGACGGAGUGGCUCUGCCUAUGAAGGAGCAGCAGCAGCAGCAGCAGCAGCAUCAACAGCAGCAGCAGCAGCUGCUAAUGCUGCAGAAGCAAGGCCCUUCUUCUUUGGUGAGGCACCUCCUUGCCGUAGCAGCAGCAACAGCAGUCCUUGAAGCUUUCUGCUGCAGUUUGCAUGCACAAGGAGCAGCAGCAGCAGCAGCAGCAGAACCAGCAGCAGCAGCAGCAGCAGCAGCAGAACCAGCAACAACACCAUCAGCAACGCCAUCAACACCAUCAACAGCAGCAACAGCAGCAUCGCCAUCAACAGGAGCAGCAGCAACAGCAGCAGCACCAGCAACAGCAGCAGCAGCAGCAGCAGCAUGGCGCUGUUUCAAUUUGCUGUUUUGCUGCAGCAGCAACAGAGCGACAGUAGGAAGGCUGAAGGGGCGAUCUCCUCUUGACAUUUGCUGCACGACAACAGCAACAGCCAACGAAGGUGCUACAGCAGCAGCAGCAGCAGCAGCAGCAGCGGAUUAUUUGUAUGACGCAGAGCUGUCUCCUUUACCUGAGGGUUUGCGGCCGUUCAAGUCAUGGGGAGAUGUUGCUGUUUGGUUUAGCAGCAGCAGAGCAGCAGCACUUGCUGCUGCUGCGGGUGUGGGGCCCCUACGUGAAGCAGCAAGACAAGCAGCAGCAGGAGACAAAGAUGUGUCUGCUGAUAUCUUUAAUCUACUGCUGCCAACCAGCGUUGCUGCUGCUGCUCCUGCUGCUGCUGCUGCUUACGCACGCCGAGUUCAGGCUGUGCAGCAGCAGCACUGGGGCUUGCUGCUGCCUCAGCUGCAAGGAUCAGCAGCAGCAGCAACAGCAGUAACAACAGCAACAAGCCCAGAAGCAGCAGCAGCAGCAGCAACAGCAGCAGCAGAAGCAGCUCGUGCUGCAGCAGCGAAGGUGCAUGCAGGACCUGUUGGGGUGUCUCUGCUGCUGCUGGCGGAGGCUGGAGUUAGCAGCAGCAGCAGCAUCGCAGCAGCAGCGUUGCUGCAUUCUGCUUCUUCGCUUGCAGUAUCUACACUAACGGCGCCUGUCUUAGAGGCGUCUCCUCGGCUGCAGCCCCGUGGGCAGCAGCAGCAGCAGCAGCAGCAGCAGCAGCAGCAUUUAAAGGAGGGGUUUAAAUUACCUCUCCCUUAUAUUUUGCUGCUGAGGGAUAUUUUGCUGCACCGCGAGUUCGUGCUGCUGGAUGGCAGCAGCAGCAGCAGCAGCAGCAGCAGCAGCAGCAAACCAACGGACCCCUUCUGCAACCCCCGACCCCCACCGAAUGAUUGCUGCUCUACGUACACCUCAAAUGCACAACACCCACUCGCACCUGCUGCGUCUGCUCCUUUCAGCAGCAGCAGCAGCAGCAGCAGCAGCAAUGGCGUCAGCAAGGACUGCAAUGGCGUCAGCAGCAGCAGCAGCAGCAGCAGCAGCAGCAGCAGCAGCAAUGGCAUCAGGAAUGUGGGUUUGCACGAUUCUUCUUCGGUUGAUUUGUUUUCCGCUUUUUUGUUUUCGGAGGUUCGCCGCUGCAGCUGCUGCUCCAGCAGCAGCAGCAGCAGCAGCAGCAGGAGCAGCAGCAGCAGCAGCACCAAGAUGCGUGCUUGUGGAGGUUUGCUGCUGACUCCUUGCGUGGAGUCCUUCUCUCCUUCUUUGUCUCAUCUCCCCGAUUGUCUGUCUGAUCGAUUUGGUUUGCUGCAGCAGACGCCUGCAUUUAUUCGUUUGCUGCUGCUUGCUGUAUUAGACAGUAUUUGCUGCUGUAUUGUUAAUAAACAGCAGCAGAGAAAUAUAUAUAAUAUUAACAAAGACAAACACAACCAACAAAGUGCUGCUGAGGUGUAUCUACAACACACCGUCGCAGCUGUCUUUACGCAGCUACUUAAACACGCAAUCAAAGGACAGCAGCAGCAGCAGCAGCAACUGGACGACGACGAGGAGGAGGAGGAGGAGGAAGCGGAGGAGGACCUCCAGCAGCUGCUGGAUGAAGACAAGCAGCAGCAACAGCAGCAACAGCAGCAGCAGCAGCAGCAGCAAGAUGAGGAUGAAGAUGAGGAGCAGCAGCAGCAGCAGCAAGAGAUAGGGGGCCGCGUAGCAAUGCCGAACUCUGCUGCCCACCGCUUGCAGCUUCGUCUUGGGCAGUCUUUAUCAUGUUUGUCUUCGUUUGCUUUUUGCUUGCAGCUGCACAAAGCAGCAGCAGCGCAGAGAGGCAUUUGGCAGCUGCUGCAGUCUCCGCUGCCGCCUGAUGUGCGUCAUUACGUUGAGUUUGUUGCUGUUAAAGUAGCAGCAGCAGAUUCAAAAGCUGCUGCUGCUGCUGCUGAUGCUGCUGCUGCCCUGCUGCAGCAGUAUAACGCACCUAAACAAGUGCUUAUCAGCGGUCUCUCUAUUGCUGGAUAUUUGCUGCUGCAUGUCCGGAAGUGGAUGGAGCAGCAGCAGCGCGAAUCGUUUGCUGCUGCAGCAGCAACACCAGCAGCAUCAUCAUCAGCAGCAGCAGCAGCAGCAGCAGCAAAAGAUGAAACAGAGACACUUGAAAGGAAGCUGCUUAACUCUAUCAUUCCUUACCUAUCAUCAAAUGCUGCAUAUUGCCGCGCCCUCGCGCAGUUCCUUGUCUACACCUUCUUUAGCAGCAGCAGCAGCAGCAGCAGCAGCGGGGGCCUCACCAGCAACGGCCUCAGCAGCAGCAGCAACAGCAGCAGCAGCAGCAGCAGGAGCAGCAGCGGAUAUGAUUUGAGUUUGCUGCUGCAGAUGCUGCGUGAGGCUAAGGAAUGCCGAAUGAUGAUAAACAAAGUUGCUGCUGCUUUUACUCGCUGGCAGCCGCAGCAAGACGGGGGUCUUCUCUCUUUAGUUCCUGAAGCAGGGGUUGUGCAAGACACUGAGCAGCAACACAACGCUGCGUUGAUGGGUAUGGGGGUUGUGGGGUUGGGGGGAUCGGGAUCGGGAUCGUGUGGGGAUCGUCUCCCGCCUGCAGUUUUAUCAGACUUUGAUUUACGCCCUCCUUGGGCGUUUGCUGUGGCUUUAAAAGAAGUCGUAAGAGAAGAAAUGCGGAAGCAGUGGCAUGCAGUUGAUGCAAACUCACCUGCUGCUGCUGCUGCUGCUGUUGCUGCUGCUGCGGCUGCUGCUGCUGCUGCUGCUGCUGAAGAGGAGGAGGAGGCUGAUGAUGCAGGGGCUGCAGCACAACAGCAGCAGCAAGAAGGAGACAAUGAAGACCGCAUGCAAACCAUCAGAGAGACAAACGAACAUGAGCCUGGGCCUUGUCAAAGAAAAUAUGUGUCUCGGGAGGGUUUGGGUUGUUACUUAGAGGGUUUGAAGCGUGAAGGGUAUAAGGUUAUUGCUUUAGAGCAGUCUGCUUCUUCUACGCCUUUGCAUGCAUUUGCAUUCCCAAAGAAAACGGCUUUAUUGCUCGGAGCAGAGAAGGAAGGCCUCCCUGCUAGUCUUAUGAAGACAGCUGAUUAUUGCGUUGAGAUACCUCAGUUGGGGCUUAUUCGCUCUUUAAAUGUACAUGUCUCUGCUUCUCUCUUCAUCUGGGAGUAUGCUCGGCAACACCUCGUAGAAGAAGUAGAUUAA